AUGGCCCACAGGCCGCGGGAAGUGCUUUCCAAGGUCGAACGUGAUGCGCUUAGAGAAUUCAAGGCCGACAAAGACCUGGCCAUCGUGCCAGCGGACAAAGGACGCGCCACAGUUGUACUGGACAGGACAGACUGCCUUCAAAAAGCCAAAGGUUUACUGGAGGACCGACAGUUCUAUGUCCCAUGUGCAACGAACCCUUUAAAGGCGCUGACAGGCGAAAUUAAUGCUACGUUGUUGGCCUUGGGGAACUCAUGUGCAAUAACACCGACCGACAGACGCAUGGCGAGACCCCAAGAUACGGCUUUGGCCCGAUUCUAUGGCCUCCCUAAGGUGCACAAAGACGGCGCUCCUCUCCGACCCAUCGUGUCGCUCAAAGGGACUCCAACGUACGGACUGGCUAAGUGGCUGUUGCGGCGUCUCAAGCUCCUGACCGCUGAGUCAGACACCACGGUCUCUUCGUCAGCACAGUUCCUGGAGAAACUCAAAGGGGUAAGCAUCCAUCCAAAUGAGGUCAUGGUAUCUUUUGAUGUUACAUCCCUUUUUACUUCUAUUCCCCAGGACCUGGCGAUCGAGACAACUGGGCUGCUACUACAAAGCAAAUACGAUGAAACGGAGAACCGUCUUGGACACGCCCAAGUUCUUCAGCUCCUGAAGGUCUGUCUCAGGACGUACUUCACGUUCGACGGGCCAAUCUACGAACAGGUGAAGGGCAUACCAAUGGGGUCGCCGAUUUCGGGAUUCAUCGCCGAGGCGGUCCUGCAACGGUUAGAGUCGCUGGUCUUCCAACACCACAGACCGAAAUUCUGA